AUGCAGAUGAUUAGAAAAUUUUACGAAAAAAUUUACCUAUGUUCCAACAAAGUUACUCAAGAUAAUUUUAUUUUGAAAUUUAGUUCAAUACAGGAAGCAAAAAGGAAGAAAAAUGGUAAACGAACAAAGGCAAUGAAAUACUACAUUUUAGGAGAUAAAGGUGCUAAAGUUCCAGGUGUUUUAAAAAGAUUUUAUGAAAGUGGGGGUCAAAUGCCCGUAGAAAAUCGGGGUGGGGACAGAAAUACGUAUAAGUUUACUGCUAAAAAAUUGUCUGUUCAGUGGUUCAUAGAAUCAUUCAAAGGCCAAGAGAGUCAAUAUUGUAGAUCCAAAAAUAUGCAUAGAGUGUAUCUUUCGGCAGAACUCAACAUACGUAAAAUGUGGCGCAUAUACAAUGAAUCACAUGAACCAGACUUGCAAGUAAAACAACAUUUCUUAAGAAAUGUCUUUAACAAAUACUACAACAUCGGCUUCGGAACACCCAGAACCGAUGUAUGCUCAACAUGUACUGAGAUUGGCGAAAGAUUGAAAGCAGAGAAAGAUGUAGCGAAUAAAAACCAAUUCAUUAUUGAGAAACGUAUUCACAGAUUGAAAUAUAAAGCAUUCUACAGAAUACUUCAAGAAGCUGAUGGGCUUUUGACAAUAUCUUUCGAUUGUCAAAAGAACCAAGCACUUCCUAAAUUCCCAGAUCAGUCUGGUCUUCUGCUUAUUACAGUAGACAGUUUAGUUUCUACCAUUUUGCUAUUGUAG